UUUCUGUCACUCAUGUCAUGUUUGACUUGACUGUCUUGUGUCUUAUUUUGUUGUUGGAAUAGUCGACUUUACUAAAAAAUUCUAUAAUUGCAAUGGUUUUUAUAAAUAAAUUGUUCCUGUUCCUAUAAAAUAUAUUAACUAACGAAGCUGCAGGACUAUCGCAUGUAGAAUCUGCCUGCGGCCGCUAAUGUGUUUAUAGCGUUUUGAACAAUGUUGUCACGGUUCCAUCACUUUCAUGGUUCAAAUAUCAUUUUAUUCGAAGACAAUACCGUAGCUUAUCGAAAAGCUAGUUUCGCUCAUGGUUUGACGUUUAGUGAAAAACCUCUGUUGCCUGGUGAAAUAUUUUUAGUCGAGAUUGAAAAAACAGAGCGAGGAUGGAGUGGCCACAUGCGCCUAGGACUAACGUUGCUCGAUCCUCAAACAGCCGCACUCGGUGAUAAAGGUCUACCUCAGUAUGCACUGCCUGACCUCGCCAAUACAGGUAUGUCUUGGAUUUUCCCCAUAUCAAAAUCUCAAAAUAGUGUGAUAAGCGCCUUUGAACUCGUCAGUCAAAGUGGAAGUUCGCGUCGUGAGGCUGAACCGAGAGUGUCAGUACUCGGCGAGGGCCAUAGUGUGCGAACUCCUCGCGGGUUCAUCUCCAAAACGAUACUGAGGCCACAAAAUUUAACUCAGAAAGGCACACCACAGGGGAUUCUGCCAAUGGACGCUGGGAGUCGUAUUGGAGUCAUGUUUGUUCCUUGCCCAAAGACUAGCAGAGAUGAUCCAGAUUUGGCUGAAAUGCACUUCAUCAUUAAUGGAGAAGAGCAGGGCCCAUGCACUAAAGUCAUACCUUAUAAAAGUGGCCCAUUGCAUGCAGUAGUAGAUGUUUAUGGGACUACAAAACAAGUGAAGAUUAUACAACUAUAUGGAGUGAAAACUCUUCAAAUAGUGUGUAGAGAUGCCAUCCUACAGUGUGUCAAAAUAGGUUCAGUGAAAGCUCUACCCUUGCCCCAGUGUUUAAAAGACUUUCUACUUUCAUAAUACCAACUUUUUAAAGUGAAAAUGGUUAAAUUGUGAUGACAAUAAGGCUGUUAAAAUUUUUUACUAUUCCAUAUGUAUUUUAAUGUUGUUAUUAUUUAAAAUUUUGUAUAUAAUUGGAUUAAAAUAUUGCAUUUGUAGCAACUGAUCAGGAUAUAAAGCAACCUUUCAGGCAGAGAAUUUUAAAUAAAGACAGCUAGUGUAGUAAGAUGACAUUAUGAUAUUAUUAUUAUUUAUAAUAGACUAAGCAGCUUUCACUGAUCUAUAUCAGAAGUGCUUUGAGUUUUUCAAAUAUUUAUCCAAUCUUUUCUAUGGUUCUAUGAAUUUGAAGCCUAUUAAUAUUAACCAUGUAAUUUCAUUACAGUAUAUUUCUUUAAAAAAAAAUCACUGAAAAGUAUCAAUGUUCUGUUUAUGUAAAGUGAAAUUUUAGUGGGUUUAGAGGAAUAGCUAAGUGAAGCACCACUAUUUCACAGUGUAUAAACUGACGAGUAGGUAUUUCUUAAUAAUUAUUCUGACACUGGUAUCUACUGAGUUUAUUUAUGGUUUUUGCAAUCCAAAAUAAUAUCCGUCCAUUCAAUCUGCAACAUGGUAGUGGAUAGUUUUGUAUGUAGAGUGGCAUGAUUACUUGUGGUUGCAUACUGCAUGCCCAAAUUCACUCCAUACAUUUCAACACAAAUUGUGCACACUUCACUACUUAAGAACAGUUCACAUGCAUUUGGAUAUUGUAGUUAUCAUUUUUAUAAGUCACACAGUUAAUUUCAUAUGGCUCAGAAUACAGUUUAGUAGUUUUAUUUAGGCUGUGAUUACAUUUGUAAGUUUUACUCACGUAAGUUGAAAGACUUUAAACUAUUACUACUAUAAUAAACUACUUAUGACAUUAGUAAAGUCGUAAGUUAAUUACAUAAGCUACUUACGUCAGUAAAACAUGCAGGUGUAAUCAAGUCUUUAGAUUGAAAGGUUGCUAUAAGAAAUAUACUAAUACUGUUUUGUAUCACCAAUCACUAAUGAAGUAGGAAACUAUAACAUAUUAGUUUUACCAUAACCUUACCAUAACUUACUGAAUAGAUGGCUGUAACUUGGCAUUAUACCUAAUUUGCACUUUGUUAAAUAGCAUAUGAAUUGUGCAGAUGAUAAGUGCAAGUGUGAAAUGACUAGUAAAAUCAACAUAUAAAACUAUAAAUUAACACUGUGUUAUAAGUUAAUAAGUGUGAACAUUUUAAAUGACAUCCAAAAACCUGUUAACUAACCACCUGUACUUACAUUUCACAAAGUGCAAAUCAGGCCUUAUAAUAUUAUGUAUACCUAUAUACAAGUUUACAGUAAUUCCCUACAAAGUCAUUAAAAUUUUAUUUUGUUUGGCUUUUUAAAUAAACUGAAUACAAUGUAAAAUUAGUAUAAAAAUAUGAGUUAAUUUAUAACAACUUUUAAGAAACCCGUUAACAAUAUUUUUUAAUGAACAUUUUUUAAUGCCUUUUAUAUGUAACACAAUGAAUUUUAUAUUAUUUUACAUUUUCGAUUUAAAUUACAUGGCAGUUGAUCCAGUCUGAUUUAAUCAGAGAUCUACCAACAUAUUGUAGUUAAGUAUAUCAGGAAUAAUUAUUAUUGUAUCAUGUUAGUAAUAAAUUGUAAUUAAUGUAAUAGGAAUUGAUAAAAUAUUAGUUAUGUGAAUUAAAAACUAGAGUCUCACAUAUUUCAACACAUUUUAGAGCUAAUAAUAUUUUAAAAUAGUACUAUAAAAAUUGGCAAUAAACCUAAAUUAUUAGAAAUUAUUCUUAUAUACCUCUACUCACUACAUAGGACAAUGGACAUGUCACUAAAAACUAAGGCGCAAGGCAUAGCUACUUAGUAGGUACAGACUACAGAGUGGAGUGGAGCUAAGCUGCAGCAGUGUGUUGUGAUAACAACAGUAACUCAGCUUUAUUUACUCUGACACAUGGUUGAAAUUGGUAUAAUUAAUGAAACAAAACAAGGAUGAGACUCAGCGGAUUUACUUUGCUAUAGUGGAAGUGGGCAAAUGCGCACAAAAUUGUACAAACAUUGAGGACAGUGGCCCUUCAGUUUGGCAAAGUUACAGAAAGUACAACAGUAUUUUGCCAAACUGAACCAACUUAUAGUCUGUUGACUGAUUGCAGAAAUGGGAAAAAAACUUUGGUAAGUAUGGCAGUGCCACUGAGUUUGAGUUUAGCAGCAGCAAAGACACUAUAUCACUCCACUCCAUUCUGCAGUUGUGCAAUGCACCUUACAAAUUUUUUUAUGACAUGAUCUAUGUGACAAUGUAGUGAGAGGAAACCAACUAAACUCUGGAUAGGUUUCAUACUUUAAACAAAAUUUUAUACUUUUAGACCCUGAGCAGAAUUUAGUACCUAGUUAAUACUACCUAUAAUUAAUAUGAAUUGAAAAAAAAAAUUAUGUUGUAAAAUUUUGCUUUAUUUUUAGGUAUGUAUAGGCAGGUAUAUUUUAUAAAACCAUGCUUUACUGAAUUUUAAAAUAAUUUUCUGAUGCUAAUUAAAAUGGAAAAUAUUACUGAUGCUAAUUUCAACUUUAUUUUCUAUUAAAAUUAUGCCCGCGACUUCGACUGAUGUAUGGUUAGUCUUAAAAAUCCCGUGGGAACUCCGGAGCUCGAAUUUUCCGUGAAAGCUCAAGAGUGCGCUCCAUAAAUCUCACCCUGAGAUCUGAUGCAUACCUUCAGGGUGAAGUGGAGCUGAGGCGCAACGUCUUGUUUUAUAACAACUCAGCACGGCUUUAUAAACUUUGCAGCAACGGAGCAGGCCGUGCUCAGUUGGUCACGUGACCCGAAAAAAUAUAUAUAUCUAAUACGUGACAGAUCGGGGUGGGGACGGCCGACUGCACUGUGCCUUCACUUCACUCUAUUGGUGUGCGUCGCGCUUUUGUAUCAUUUUGUGUAUACCGUAUCAUAUCUUCGACGUGAACAUGUUCGUUAGAGGACAUCACUAUUAUUAUUUUUGUAGAUAAUAUGUACCUACAAGUAGGUACCUACUUUUAUUUGUUGUGUUGUAAAAUAUCUCCUGUGUUCCAUUCCAACAGUGUUAGUUACUUAUUUAGGUAUAUAGGUAGGUACAUAGUACCCACAGAUUUUAGAAGGAAAGGUAAUUGAAUGUCAUACUAAUUUGGCCUAGCUUUUAGUUAGAAGUUUUAAUUUGUAAAAAAAAAAGCAAAGUAGGUAGGUCUAGGUAGUUAGAUCCAAAUUAGUAAUAGUAAGUAAUCUCAAAAAAUCUUUUAUCCUAAUUUAUUUAAUAUUGUGAGAGCUCGCGUUGCGCUGGAGUGAAUUAUAAUUUAUGAAAUAAAACUAUUUUUGCUUAAUA